CAAGUCUCCUGUAGGACUCUCCCGUCCCCACUUUUAGCCGUGGCUUCGUCAGUGGUGCGUGGACACUGAGGAACGACGGACAAGAAGGAAACAGGUACAAUGAAAUUGCUGGUGCUGUGUCUUGGCCUGCUCUCAACAUGCAACAGUCAAGUAAUCUUUCCGAGCGAGGGAUCGAAUGCUGGCACGCCAUCUCCAGCGGAAAUCGAGGCGGUCGACGAGCAACUGUUCAGCGUCCUUUCCGUGGAUGAACGGCGCAACGUGAACUCAGGACUCGUCCCCUCAUGCGUCACACCCGAAGGGGAAGUCGGCUCGUGUCAGCCACUGCAACGAUGUCCCAGUUACUUCCGCUGCUAAGCUCGCUCCGCGCGCCGGCGUCAUCAACUUCCUCAGCAACGCAUUUGCAGGAUCUUCUCCCGCAAUGUGUUCCUGUGCUGCCCCUCCCGCCCGAACUCCGCUCAGCCCUUCGUCGGCCCCACUCGCCCCGUUACCUCGUCCUCCAGCCUCAUUCCCCCCAAGGCCGAGUGCGGGCGGCCGUCCAUCCAGAGGGUCAUCGGCGGGGAGGAAGUUGCGGUAGGUAGUUGGCCGUGGCUGGCGGCGGUGGGCACGUUGCAAGGGCGGACCUUCCUGGCUUCGUGCGGAGGAACCCUCGUCACCCGCAGGCACGUCCUGACGGCGUCGCACUGCUUCGACGACCCGCGAUUCGUUAACCCGUCGAUGGUUCGGCUGGGCGAGCACGAUCUCACGAGCAGCAGCGAUAACGCGAGGCCUCAGGACUUCCGCAUCGCCGGGCGUCGUAGUCCUGGCUACAACCGCAGGACCCACGAGAACGACAUCGAGGUCCUCAUCCUCGACGCAGAUGUGGCUUUUAACGAAGUGAUCCGGCCCGCGUGUCUUCCCUUCGACGAGCGCAGCAACAGCUUCCAGAACACCGACCUGACGGUGAUCGGCUGGGGCAGGACCUCCACCACGAGCUUGAGAACCUCGUCGGUGCCCAUGCAGGCCGACGUCCCUGUGGUGGAUACCGCCUCCUGCAGCAGGUCGUACCAGAGGGUGGAGUCUAAGCCGGUGGUAGACCAGAGGCACCUCUGCGCCGGGAAGGGAACCACCGACUCGUGCGGGGGCGACAGCGGUGGGCCCCUCAACUACCUCGGGCGCGACGGCAGGUACUACGUGGUGGGCGUGGUCUCCUUCGCCGUUGACUGCGCCCGCCCGGAAUUCCCCGGCGUCUACACCCGAGUGACGAGCUACCUGGACUGGCUCGUCCCCGUUCUGGAGUCGACGUAGACGGCGUCGGUCUCUGCGGGAGGCACUGUCGCUGGACCUGCUUUGCUUCGGCGGCGUGCGAGAACGGUGUUUUAUGAAUAAGGGGUGAUAAAGGAGCGAAGAGGAGGAAAAAAGAAAUGCAAGUUGCCUAGGUAUGAGCGGAAGCGACACGGCAGAUUAGGAUAUACAUUCUUCUGUAUGUACUUCUUUACACGCAAGCAACGCACGCAUGUACACACACAAAUUUACACACACACUAUUUUGUGUAAUCAUUUCGGGGUUUGUUGGAGGGGCGGCGGCCUACAUAAAGAUCAGACAAUCUA